AGCCGAUCCGGACACAACCUCCUUUCGCCGGAGCCGUCUACCCUUUCCGCUCAGUGCAACACCAACCUCGCCCGCACACGACGCGCCUCUUUUCGCUGCCGUCCUAGCCGUGUGACAGUUCGUCUCCGCCGCGCCUCUCAGCCUUCCAGCCCCGCGCGUUCAACCGGACCACCCCGCGUUUUCUCCCCUUUCACCCCCCUUUCACCUGCGAAGAAGCACCCUCUUCCCUUGGUCAGGGCCCCUUUGUCGCAACACCCGCCUAGUCAUGUCCGCCGCUGUCGCCCCCGCCCCGGCCGCCCAGGCGCCCAAGCUGGAGAAGAAGCCGAUCAAGUUCUCCAACUUGCUGCUGGGCGCCGGUCUCAACAUGUUUGAAGUCACCACCCUCGGCCAGCCCCUGGAGGUCAUCAAGACCACCAUGGCGGCGCACCGCGGCGAUGGCUUCACGACAGCGCUGGGCCGCAUCUGGAACCGCGGUGGUGUUCUCGGCUUCUACCAGGGUCUGAUCCCCUGGGCCUGGAUCGAAGCGUCGACCAAGGGCGCCGUGCUGCUCUUCGUCGCCUCCGAGGCCGAGUACUACGCCCGCCGCGCGGGCGCCAGCGAGUUCGGCGGCGGCAUCAUCGGCGGCGUGACGGGCGGUGUUGCUCAGGCGUACGCGACCAUGGGCUUCUGCACCUGCAUGAAGACGGUCGAGAUCACCAAGCACAAGAUGGCCGCGUCGGGCCAGAAGGCGCCCGGCACGUGGGCCACCUUCUUGGACAUCUACCGCCGCGAGGGCAUCCGCGGCAUCAACAAGGGCGUCAACGCCGUCGCCAUCCGCCAGAUGACCAACUGGGGCUCGCGCUUCGGCCUGAGCCGGCUCGCCGAGCAGGGCAUCCGCAAGGUCACCGGCAAGGAGCACGGCGAGAAGCUCAACGCCGCCGAGAAGAUCGUCGCCUCGGUCCUCGGCGGCGGCCUCUCGGCCUGGAACCAGCCGAUCGAGGUGAUCCGCGUCGAGAUGCAGAGCAAGAAGGACGACCCCAACCGCCCCAAGAAGAUGACGGUCGGCACCACCUUCAAGUACAUCUACCAGACCAACGGCAUCAAGGGCCUGUACCGCGGCGUCACCCCCCGCAUCGGCCUGGGCGUCUGGCAGACCGUGUGCAUGGUCGCCAUGGGUGACAUGGCGAAGACGUACGUGGAGAAGCUGACGGGCGAGACCGUCACCGCAAAGCAUUAGAGCGGCCGGUCCUUUCUUUUUCCCCUCGCGGGCGCGAACAGGAUCUGUUCUGUUCCCAAAAAAACACAUACAGACCGUCAUCUGGUCGGGAGAUGAGACAUACGCUUUCGUUUCCCUCUCUGACCGCGGGCGUGUUGUCUCUCUCUCUCUCUCUCUCUCUCUGGCGGGUCUUUUUCUCCCUCCCUCUGUAGAACGGGCGGGCUUGGGGGGGCAGGAACCUCUUCUUGCUGCGGUGGUUAGCGCUACUACUGCUAUUGCCAUUGCUGCUAUGGUAUGCUAUGCUAUGCUAUGCUACACGGGAGGAUAUAUGUAGUAAUGCGGUUAGCUGCCGGUAUGAGGGCGGCCUGGGACGGGUUGGCGGAUAAAUAUAGAGCGGGUCUUCCCUUUUUCUCGGUGUGAGAUUCGAGCCUUCUUUUUCUUCUUUUGU